AUGGACACCCUCGUCGCGCUCUGGCGCGCUGCCGCCAGGACCCACGGCGCUGCGCCCCUGCUGCGCUUCGAGGGGCGGGCGGACGUACUCACCUACGGCGACGUCGACGCGCGGUGCCGGGCCCUGGCGGCGCAGCUCGUCGCCUGCGGCGCCGGCGGCGGCCGCGGCGUGCUGGCCGUGGCCCUCUGCGGCGGGCGCGACGGCUGGGACGUCGUCGCGCUGCUCGCGUGCGUCGUCGCGCGCGCGCCCUGGUGCCCCUGCGACGCGGCGGGCGCGGCCGUCGUCUUCGGCCUCGCGGCGCCGGCCGCCGCGGUCGCGCGCGCGGGCGACGUCUACGCGCUCGCGGCCCUGGAGCCCCUGCGGUCGAAGUGCCGCGCCAUCGUGCUGCCGCGGGCCGGCGCCGCGCAGGUCGCCGACGACGGCGGCGUCGCCGACGCGGCCGCGUGGCCGGCGGACGCUCUUUAUAUCCUCCGGACGUCGGGCAGCAGCGGCGCGCCCAAGGCCGUCGUCGGCUCCGCGGCGGCGACGGCGCACCGCCUGAAGUGGCAGUGGACGGCCUUCCCCUGGCGGCCGGGCGAGGCCGCGCUCCGGCGGACGCCCUGCGUCUUCGUCGACUCCGUCGCGGAGAUGCUCGGCGCGGCGCUCGGCGGCGCGGCGCUCUACGUGCCGGCGACCAAUGACCUCGUCGCCGCCGCGGCGGCGGGGCGCUGCGGCCGCCUCCUGGCGACGCCGUCGCUGCUCGCGGCGUUCCUGAGGGUCGUCGACGGCGCGGGCGGCCUCGCGGCGAGACUGCCGGACCUCGCGCUCGUCGUCGCGAGCGGCGAGGCGCUGCCGCCCUGGCUCGUCGCGGCCUUCCGCGCCUCGGCAAAGGGGCGCGCGAAGCUCGUCAACGUCUGGGGCUCGACGGAGUGCGCCGCGGACGCGUGCUUCGCGGACGUCACGGACCACGAGACCGGCGACGUGCCCGUCGGCGCGCCCCUCGACGGCGGCGUCGACGUGGCUUUGGAAGGCGGCGAGCUCGUCGUACGCGGCGCGGCGCUGGCGCUCGGCUACGCCGGGCCCGGCGGGACGCUGGUCGACGGCGGCGCGUUCGGCGCGGACGACCGGGGCCGCUUCGUGCGGACUGGCGACCGCGGCCGCCGCUGCCCGGACACGGGGGACCUCUUCUGCCUCGGCCGCCUCGACGACGUCGUCCAGGUGCGGGGCGUGCGCGCGAGCCUGCGGGACCUCGAGGCGCGUUGGGGCGCGCGGCGCGCGGCGCUCGUGUUCGACGCCGGCGGCGGCGACCCGAGCAAGGCCGCGCUCGUCGCCUUCGUCGAGGCCGGCGCCGCGGCGGCCGCGCGCGCGGCGCUGGGCAAUUUGGAACCGUCCCUGCGGCCGAGCCUCGUGCUCGAGGUCGACGCGCUGCCCCGCGGGCCGACGGGCAAGGUCGACCGCCGCGCGCUCGCGGACCGCCUCGCGCCGCGCGACGCGUGUCGGGCGGCGGCGGCGCCCCCCGAGGGCGGCGCGGACGCCUGGCUCGCCGCGCUCUUCGACGAGCUGCUGCCCGUCGUCGCCGCGCGGGACGACGACGACUUCUUCGCGCGCGGAGGGACGUCGCUCCUCGCCAUCGAGGCCUGCUGGCGCGCGAACCGCGCCUUCGGCGCCGAGCUCCAGCCCCGGGACCUCGCGGCCCCCUUGGCGGACGUCGCGCGGCGCCUCGCCGCGGGGCAGGGCGCGGCGCCACCGCCGGCGGCACCGCCGGCGGCGGCGGCGGCGGCGGCGACGCGCGCGCCGGACCUCGCCGCGGGCGCCGCGCCGGACCCGCGGAUCUGGGCGAGGUGCGCGUCGGGCGACCCGGCGCCCCGGUCCGGCCCGCGGGCCGCCGCCGCGGACCAGAACGUGCGCUACGGCCUCGCGCGGCGCUGGGUUUUCCCCGCGACGAAGUGCGUCGACGCGCCCGCGGCCGUCGCCGAGGCCGGCGGCCGGCGGGUCUGCUACGUGGCGUCGCACGCGCGCGUCCUCUACGCCCUGGACGUCGACGGCGGCGAGCAGCUCUGGGCGUCGGCCGUGCGCGACGGCGGCGAGCCAGCGGCCGCGGCGCUCGAGGCCGGCGCCGCGGUCGGCGCCGCGCGCGCGUUCGUCGCGUGCUACGACGGUGCGGUCUACGCCGUCGACCGCGGCACGGGCGCCGUCGCCUGGACGUGCCGCGUCGCGCGCGGGCCCGUCAAGAGCGCGCCCGUCGUCCACGGGUCGCGCGUCGUCUACGGGUCGCACGACGGUCGCGCGCGCGCGCUCGACGCGGCGGACGGCGCCGUCGCCUGGGCCGCCGAGCUCGACGCCGCCGUCUUCGCGUCGCCGGCCGUCGGCUUCGGCCGGGUUUUCGUAGCGACGCUCGCGGGCUCGGCCUACGCGCUCCGGGACUCCGACGGCGCGGCGGCCUGGCGCCGGCCGCGGCGGUCCGGCCCCGUCUACGCGACGCCGGCCCUCAUCGGCGACGCGCUCGUCGUCGCGGCCGUCGACGGCACGGUCGCCGCGCUCGACGUGAGCGACGGCGCCGCGUUCUGGGUCGCGGACCGCGGCGCGCCCGUCUUCGCGAGCCCGUGCCCUUGGCGCGCGGGCGCGUCCGUCGUCGUCGUCGCCGGCGGCGAGGCCGCGCGCCUGCGCGCGGCGGACGGGGGUCUCGUCUGGGCGCGGGACCUGGGAUCGCCGGCCUUCGCGAGCCCCUGCGUCUUCGCGGUCGCCGGCGACGGCCGCGCCCUCGCGGUCGCGGCGACCGCGCGCGGCGCCGUCGUCCUCCUCGACGCGGACGCGGGCGACGUCCUCGCGACCUUCGACGUCGGCGCCGACGUCUUCGCGAGCCCCGUCGCCGUGCCGACGGGGGACGGGGCGACGGUGCUCGUCGGCGGCCGCGACGACAAGGUCCACGCGCUCGCCGUGACGCUCCGGCGGCCGCCGGCGGCGUCGAAGCUCCGGCGGCGCGCGCGCGUCCUCGCCGUCGUGCAGAACGAACAGCUCGACGGCGCGAUGCUGAGGCACGUCAAGAACGAGCGGGACCUCGAGGAGAUCGGCGUCGCGUGGGCCAUCCACCGCCGGCGGCUCCUGGAGUUGCUGGGCGCGUGGAAGCGCCGGGGCGUGCCGCUCGUCGCGCGGCGCGAGUCCGCCGGGCGCGGCGCGCUCGCCGACGGAGAUCGAGCCGGCGACGCCGCGACGCCGCCGCGCGAGACGCCCCGCGUCGCCACGCCGCCGGGCGCGGCGGACUCGCCGACGGAGAUCAAGCUCGCGCACGGCCCGACGCUCCACGUGACGACGCCCGUCCGCGCGCUCGAGCGCACGAAGCGGCGGAAGCGCGUCUUCAUCUCGUUCCGGGUGAGCGAGGCGCUCGAGGAGGCCAAGGCGCUGGCCGCGCACCUGGAGACGUUGGGUUUUGCGCCCUUCGUGUGCGAGGCGGACAUCAUGAACGCGGAGGACUGGGUCAGCGUGAUCACGGAGGCGCUGCGGACGUGCUGCGUCUUCGUCGCGCUGGCGUCGGACACGUACGGCGCGCCGGGCGGCGACAUUUUGGGCACAUUUCAUGAAUUUGCCUGCGCUUUGAAGCGCAACGCGACGCGGGGCCAGCCGGGCAUCCUCAUCGUGCGCCUCUCGCGGCAGUGGCCGCCGGAGACGGAGCUGGAAUUGCUCCUGGGGACGCGGAACUUCACGCCCUGGGAGGCCGGCGUCGACACGCUGGGCACGAUGGUCGAAGAGAUGGCGGCCGCGCAGGCCUUCGCGGGGGGCGUCGCGUCGCGCGCGCCGCCCCUGUCGUCGGAGCAGGAGCACCUCCACGCGCGCGUCUUCUCCCGCUUCGGCCUCCAGCGGCCGCAGACGCGCGCGCUGCUGCUCGCGGCGACGCGGCGCAUCGAGCACCGCGGCGCGGAGCUGACGACGCAGGGGACGACGGUGACGUCGCUGGGCCUCCUCGUCGAGGGCGCGGCGUCGGUGCACGUCGACGGCGCGAGAGUCGCUACCAUCAACCCAUUCAAGUUCGUCGGCGAGGUGUCGUGGCUGAACCGCCACGCGGGCCCGGGGUCCGCGAACGCGUCCUGCGUCGCCGAGGGCCCCCUGGACAUGCUCUCCUGGAGCUUCGACGCGCUCGAGGCGCUCGUGACCAACGACGCGGACAUGGGCCGCGCCGUCGACCGCAUGCUGCACGCGGACGUCGUCGCCAAGAUCCACGCGACGGCCGGCGACGCGCCGAAGCGGCCGCCGCGGCGCGCGGCGUCGACGGGGGUGGUGUUACGCCCGGAGCCCCUCGCGGCGCCCGUCGACGCGCUCGCGGCGCGGCUCCACGCGGCCGUCUUCGCGCCCUGCGGCAUGGGGCUCGACGCGGUCGCCGGCCUGCUGCGGUCCGCGCGCGGCGGCGUCGCGCGCGCGGGCGACGAGCUCACGACCCGGGGCGCGCCCGUGACGUGGCUCGUGCUCGUCUACGACGCUCAGGAGGAGACCGUCGCCGUCGUGGGGGAAAGCGGAGAGACGGUCGCCGAGCUGUCGGCGCCGUGCUGGCUCGGCGAGAUGACGUUCCUCCGGCCGGCCGCGGAGACGGAGCCCGGCGUCGCGUCGGCGACGUGCGUCGCGCGGUCCGACGCGUCCUACGCCGCCUGGGACAUGGCCGCGCUCCGCGACGCGCUCCGCGCGGACGCGGCCCUCGCGGACGACUUCCACCGCGCGCUCCGCCGCGACGCGACGCGCAAGCUCCAGACGGCGAACGCGACGACGACGUCCGCGCGCGCGCCGAAGCUCGCGCCCAUCGCGCCGACAGCGGCCGACGGGACGGCGCCGAACAGCCCGAAGCCCUAA